CCAAAUUCUCUCUUUUUGGCUUUCCCAUAAUACGAAGAGGGGAUUACCUUUCUUCCGCCACUUUUCUCCAUUACAACGCACAAAAGGUUUGAAGCCAAUUUCGUCUUUUCCCUUCCUUACUUCCUAAUUGCUUCAUAAUUAUCCUUAAUCCUUGUCAUCAAUUGUUCCAAAUCUCUUUUAUAUAUGAUCGAAUCUCUUCUCUUCUCUUCUCUCUUUUGAUCUUGAAUCACUGUCACGUCCCCUCUCCAUAAGUUGAGAUUGAGGUGUUGUUCUGUUCUGUGGCUCUCCCACAAUUUCAAGUCGCCAUCAAAGCAAAGAGCUUCGAGCCCUCCCCCCAUAAAUUACAACUACUCCUACUAGCAAACUAAAAAGGAGAAGAGAAAGACAAGUCGAGCCAUCCUUGGCGGGAUAAGUAACGGCAGAAGUAGACGAAGAAGAUCGAGUCUGUCUCCUCACAUUUUUGGUAUACAACGCAUAGCUUGCGGGCGGAGGUUUUGAGGGUUUCCCCUUUCCUUGAACGUUACGACUGCAGUCUCCCAAACCGCGAAUCCGUCCCUUCUUCAUAAAGGUAACGUCUUUGAGAUCCCCAGUUUUUGUUUUUGUCCGUCUCCUUCAUUGUGUGUCGUCUUUGGAUCUUCUUGCUUGCUUGCUUGCUUCUCCCCUGUCUGUCUCUCUUCCAUCGCAGCACCUCUGCAGCUUCUUCUGCUAUGUUGGUUAGUCUAAUUUGUAAUUCCCCCUCUUUGAGUUUCUUGGUGUAAGGAUCGUCAUUUCCCCCAAAUGCUUAUCUGGGUUUCUUUUUCCUUUCCUUGCAUCUGCUCACCGUGCUUUGAUUUCUAAGCUGGGUUUUCUUUCUUCUGUUACAAGAUGUCUGUUGCUUUCAGAUCAGUGUUAGAAUUGUGGGGGAUUUUCGCCAAUGUUGCGUGUCGAUCUGGGUUUGCGUGUUGUGUUUUUCUGAGAAUCAGAUAUGCUCGUUGUGGCCUUAGUUCAAUUCCAAAGUCAUUUGCUUGUUAGAAACUAGUCCUGUUCUUGUUCAUCCAACAGGUGGCAACUUCAUUGACUUUGGUUGGCCUGGAAUUUUUUUUUUUUUUUUUUGCAUUUCUCUUUUGUCGGUUUAUUGAUCUGUCAACAACCAGCUAGAUUGUCUGAUCAGCAAUCAGGAAAUGUCAUUCCCCACUCUGAUCCUUGGUACUUGUUCUUGAUUGAAAAUCGACACAGGGUUGUAGUGCUUCCUCUUAAGCAUUUACAGUAAUCUAAAGACAUGCUUGAGUUCUUAAUCCCCAUUUGCUGCCUCUAUAAGACUAGACUAUGGGUUCAUGCCGGAUUUCUUAUCAGAUACCUUGUUUGUAAUGCGGAAGAAUGAUGCAAUUUAUUCGUAGGUUAGUUCCUUUACCAAUAUCACUGCGUUCAUUCACGGGCUGAUUAUGAUGAUCCUAUUUCUGUUGCCCCCAGAUCUAUCAGCAGUGUGUGUUUCCACACCCGGUGAUCCAGUACCCUACAGCAUUUAUGCUACAACACCACCUGGGCAUGCAGCAAAAUGUGCUGGAAGUCUGAUAACUCCUUUCAAACCUGUGAAAUUCAUUCUUCAUUCUGGUUUUUGCUCUGCGGAAUUAGUUUAAAAGCAGCUAGUUGUAUCUCACUUGGAAAGAACCAGGUGACCAUUGACAAUAAUCAUACGCCCUUCUGAAGCAUUCAUUAGUGAAGGUGGAGGAGCUCUCCCAUUUCUGAGGCUCCUUGUCCAUAAAGUUUGUAUAUACUUACUACUACCUGUUAAGCACAGCCUGUAGAUAGCAGAAAUAUGGAAUACAAAGACAGUGUCCUGAUGGGGAGGUACGAGGUUGGGAGAUUAUUAGGCCAAGGGAACUUCGCCAAAGUUCACCAUGCAAGAGACCUUAAAACUGGCCAAAGUGUGGCCAUUAAGGUCAUCGACAAGGAAAAGGCUCUGAAAGCUGGGCUGACUAGCAACAUAAAACGAGAGAUUUCAGUCAUGAGACGAGUCAAACACUUAAAUGUGUUGCAGCUCUACGAAGUCAUGGCUUCCAAAACCAAGAUUUACUUUGUUAUCGAGUAUGCUAAAGGUGGCGAGCUCUUCAACAAGCUGGCCAAAGGAAGGCUAAAGGAAGAUGCAGCUAGGAAGUACUUUCGGCAGCUGAUUAAUGCAGUUGAAUUUUGUCAUGGCAAAGGUGUCUACCACAGGGAUUUGAAGCCAGAGAACUUGCUGUUAGAUGGGAAUGGAGUCCUGAAAGUGUCGGAUUUCGGGCUGAGUGCCCUUGUCGAAUCUAAGUGCCAAGAUGGCCUACUACGUACAACCUGUGGGACCCCUUCAUAUGUUGCUCCUGAGGUUCUCCAUGCACGAGGUUAUGAUGGUGCGAAAGCUGACAUCUGGUCUUGUGGGGUGAUCUUGUAUGUCAUGCUUGCUGGCUAUCUCCCAUUCCAUGAUGCCAAUAUGAUUGUUAUGUACAGGAAAGCCAGCAAUGCUGAUUACAAGUUACCAGCAUGGUUUGCACCUGAAGUGCGUCACUUGCUGUCAAGAAUGCUUGACCCAAACCCGGUUACUCGAACCACCAUCUCCGAAAUAAUGGAGGAUCCUUGGUUCAGAAAAGGGCCAGAGUCACAAUCGGGGUGCUUGAAGAAUGAUUUGACACGAAUCAUCCCUCGUGAGACCGGUGGUUAUGAAGGGAAAGGCGAAGAGUUGGGGAAACCCACAAGUUUGAAUGCAUUUGACAUAAUCUCUUGUUCAAAUGGGCUUAACCUGUCUGGUUUGUUUGCUGAGCGUGAUCAGAACAAAGAAGCACUGAAGUUUGUGUCACUGCAGUCUGCAUUGACUAUAAUGUCAAAGCUGGAGGACAUGGCUACGCAUCUAGAGCUUCAUGUUAAGAAGAGAGAUAGAGGGGUGCUCAUACUGGAAGCAUCAGAUGAAGGUAGAAGAAGAAGCCAUUUAUCAAUUAAUGCUGAGGUUUUUGAGUUCACUCCUUUCUGUCAUCUGGUGGAGUUGAAAAUUUGUGGUGGUGAGAAUUUCAAAGAACACUGGCCCACUGUAGAGAAGCAACUAAGGGAAGACUUCAAGGACAUUGUUUGGGCAUGGAGUGAUCGUCAGCGGCAUUUGGAUUCUGCCUAGCUAACGAUUGAUCCAUUGCGCCAUUAGCUUAAUCAAUGCAAGCUUGAAGAUAUAUAUGAAUGUCUUCAUUCCUUUAUUCAUCUUGUACCAGGCCGUUGGAACAUUUUGAAAGCCCAUGUGUAUAGAUUACAUGCAUCCAUUAAUAUAGAUAUAUACAUAUACCUUCUUUCUUCCAAUCAUAUAGUUCUGUCGAUUCACUGAAGGUCCCAAGUUUGCCUUUGUACUGGCUGGGAGGUUCUUAGGAAACCGCAUUGAGUUAGGACUGAAUUCUUUUGUUGCAAUCACGGCUCAUGAGGGCAUAACAUGCCCUGGAUGUCGUUCCACCAAACUUGAAAACUUAACCCUGACGAGCGAGAUAAUCCGUUGCAACAUUGCUUGAGGAUUGAUGUGUUCAACAGAGACCUCCCAUUGUGCAGCCAGUAACCCUCCGAAAGUUGCGAUGUCAGCACAGCUCGAGUGAGACUGAUUAGCGGUUUGCAGAAUUACCUUCCUUAUGCCUUACCAACAAGUAGUGACAACCUUGGAAUGCUGGGUCCUUCCAUUUUUCCAGGAAUGAGGGACAGACAUAUAACCGCUGCAUUUUUUUAAUGUUGGGUUUGCCAAAUUUCCACCUUAUGAGUUGAGCUGAUGGUCCAAAAGGAAAGAGCAGAUGUCAAGUAAUGAAAUCAAGGAAGAAGA